GUCUUUUCUCUCUCUGUCCUCUUCCGCCGACUUCUUAACGGUUAGUCGUCGGGUUCUUGCGGCGGUGCUUUUACAGUUCGCCGGAGAUCUGCUCAAAACCGCAUUUGUGAUUUACUUGGAAUCCUUUGCUCUAUUCCAGUGCUUUGGAUUGACUCCCAUUUGCAGAUUUUAGUAGAGUUGUGCUGUUGUUUAGCUUCGUUCCCUGUUGAAAAAUCUCUUUAAACAGGAAGUCAACAAAAUGAUUGGAUCCCUUCUUACCAGAGGACUCGUGAUGGUUUUUGGCUAUGCUUAUCCAGCAUAUGAGUGUUAUAAAGCUGUGGAAAUGAACAAGCCUGAUAUUGAUCAACUGAGGUUUUGGUGCCAGUACUGGAUAUUGGUGGCUGUUUUAACCGUUUGUGAGCGAAUUGGUGAUACUUUCAUUUCAUGGGUUCCAAUGUACAGUGAAACUAAGUUGGCAUUCUACAUAUAUCUGUGGUACCCUAAAACUAGGGGAACCACCUAUGUGUAUGACUCUUUCGUUAGACCAUAUGUUGCUAAACACGAAAACGAAAUCGACCGUAAUUUGUUGGAAUUAAGGACUAGAGCUGGAGAUAUGGCGGUUCUUUACUGGCAAAGAGCUGCAAGCUAUGGCCAGACUAGAAUUUUCGAGAUCCUGCAGUAUGUUGCUUCACAGUCAACUCCAAGACCUCACCAUGCUCAGAUUUCUCAGGCACAGGGUGCUAGGGCUUCCCAACCCUCUGGUGGGCCGAACCGUCAAACAUCUAGUAAAGCACAAUCAGCACAAUCUGGGGCUAAACAACCGCUAUCACCGGCAUCGAGCACAUCUUCAAGCCAACACCAAAAGGAAGUAGCUGAAGAUGUGGGACCUUCAAAAGUUCCUUCACAGUUGGCUAAAACACCUGCACGUUCAGCAUCCUUAAAUUGUCAGAAAGCAGAUACUGCAUCCGAAACAACCAGCCAGCCUGUGGAAACUGAAGCAGAAGCAACGGAAACUGAAUUGCUGCCACCUCCGGAGAAUGAAUGCACGGAACCUCCCCCAAAAGAAACUCUCAUGGAAGAAAGCAUUCGACUCACGCGCGGUAGAUUAAGGAAAACUCGAUCUGCAGGCCAAUGAAAUAAUGGUAUUAGUGCAUGUUCUUUCAUGUUACUGAAUUAGUAUUUAAAUCAGUAGGCAUGGAAUGGUAUUGAAUAAAUGGUAUUAAGAUUGAUGUAAAUUUCUUGUGUUCUAGUUACGAUUUCAGUGGUUGAAUUGUUAGUCUAUUAUACACGUGUUUAUAAUCUCACAUUGGUGCUAAAGAA